AUGUCACGUGACAUAUUUUCAAAUGAUUUUGAUCUGAGGAGAAAAGUGGAGGAGCUCCGCAAGUUUGCUGACUUGCGAGGAUUCACAAUAGAGUACCAGGAAGAACAAAAAAGCAAACCAAACGAAAUCAGCCAUAAGAAAAGGGCUCCGGCUACCGAUGACAGAUAUGGCCGUUCAGUGGAGUUUUGGAAAUUAUGGAUGCUUUCUCAAAAUGAACCAGGUGAUCGAUAUUUCACGAAGGAGGAACCUGAUCCCCCCGUUCAAAUCUUGAAGCUGUUUUCGGAGGCGUUUAUUACUUUGCGCAAAGGAGACUUGCCCACUCAGUAUACUGUCUGUCUUAACCUCUCUUGCUUUAUCGCUGAAUGGCAGAAAAAGACCUGCAGAAAGCUGCCAGAUACAGUGAAGGAUGAUCUUUACAAUAAUGUCCGGAACGAACUUACUCCGAAGUAUGGACUUGCUACCAAACAUCGAGAGAAGUUCCCGGUGACUAGAAGGGAUCUCGAUCUACUUCUUCGACAUUUAUUUGAAGACGAUGACCAUGAUUACAUACAUGAGCGUGCCAGAUUUCAAGAUGCAUUCUCGCUCUCUUUGUUCUCCGGUUCUGGUGCGAGAGCGGGUGCGAUUGUUGAAUCAAGUUCUUACAGAGGUACCAACGAGUGUCUCUACUAUAAACAUCUUUCCUUCAAUCUACAAUGGGAUUCAAAAAAUAUGGAAGUCAAGUACUGGGUCACCAUAGAUCCAGAGUUCCUCAAAGGCCAUCGCUACGAUGAUGAGGCUGUCAUUCCCAGAAACUGGAUACCAGAGCAAGAUAUACUUGGAAGAAAUUUCGUAUUCUAUGUUAUGGCUGCAGGUAUCGCAGACAAGGCAUUCAGGGGCAUCCACACAGCCGACGAGUUAUUGGAUAAAAGACCACCGAAAGGGAGAGAGUCAUGGACCCUUGAAUGGGAAGCGCACGUACAAAACCUACCAGUGCUUCGCAUGGUGACUGCUGAUGGACCACACCCCACCCGUGCGUUGACAUUUUCAUCAAUACGGCACCAUUUUACGUCGCUUGCCCAACGGGCCUGUUUCCGAGACCGGUUGAGAAUCCACGGGAUUAGAGGGGGCGUUGCAAAUGCAAUUGACCCAAAGGCGUCUCAAGCGGCGAGAAGCCAAGCACUGGAUCACCAGAACCCAGACACCUUCCUCAAGUAUCAAUCCAAAUUUAAGCGUGUUGACGUCCAGGCCAGCUUCUGGAACCUAAAGCCAGACUAUGAAUGUCUGGAAAUGGAAGAAAGUAUGGCUCAUCAUCGCGACACUAAUGUUCCGCAACGUCUUGACGCUGCUGCCACUGCGCAGGUUGAGAAUGAUGAUGAAAUGAAAGAGAUCUACCACAGGAUCGAUGAGAUUACUCAACAAAUCGGAGGAAAGCCUGCUGAGCACGAAGAAUUAGCACUUGAGAGGGAAAAGCUCUACACAAAAGCAGCUAAGAAGCGCCGAGCCAAGAAGGUGGAGUUCAUUGACAACUGGUGGAGAUCUUCUUAUGAUGAAUAUAUUGCAGGGAAUGAGUUUGGUGAGCACGAUCCAACGUGCUUCUUUACCAUCUGCCGCAAGUAUAUGCCUGAGAGAGCUCGUUUACGCGACAACCUCUUCACCAAAGCCUCGAUUGGUAGUGAGAUUGGAAGACAAUGUCUACAGGAUAUGGUGAAUAUCUGCAUCUCCGACGAGAGAGUGGCAUAUUAUCCUUGUGAAUUGCCAAUUGAGGGGAGAUGUCCAGUAUGCUCCAGAGAAAUGUCUAGUAUUGAUUUAUCAAACCGGUCGAAGCACAUUCUACAGUGCAGAAGGAAGUCCUUGAAUGCCGCACCGUACCAGCAGCUCUAUACGAACGGCAAGAGAGCUCAUCGACGAGCGAAGAGAUCUUUUCUUGAAUGGUGCUACUUAUGCGCCAAAUGGUUCGAUACAGAGGAUGCUUGGACUGAGCACUGCCGAUUCCAUUUGGACCAUCUACAACCUCGGUGUGGACUAUUGAGAUUCCGCUUUACAUUGGUUGCGCCUGGAUUCUGUCCUUUCUGCUUGGGUGACCACACUAAAUCCCCCGUGGAACGAUUCAAACAAUGGCGGGAGAAGUCCACCCUCAUCAACCACAUUGAUAAUAAACAUUUGGCUGGCAAAGGAAAGGAUGAGGUUAUUCAAUGCCCUCAUCCCUGCUGUGAGAGCAAAUCAUACAAUGGUAUCCUGCUGUUACAACGACAUUUUUUUGACGCCCAUUCUAUUGAAGAACCUCGUCGAAACUGUGUAUCUCGGAAGAGGAAGUGGGUUUGCGGUCUUGACGAUUCCGAGAUGCCAACUAAGAGACCGGCAUUGAAUGGAAUCAGCGAAGAGCCUGUCGAGUCAAAGAGUCCCCCCUUAUCUUAG